AUGCAAUUAUUAAAUGUUUGUUUAAUUGGCUGUUUUUGGUCAACAAUGAUUACUUAUGUUUCUAUUUCUCUUUUAAAACUUUUUGGAAUUGCCUAUCCACUUAAAUAUCGUCAAAAAGUUUCAAGAAAAACUUGUAUUAGAAUUGUCCAAAUAAAUUGGGUAAUUAUUUUGUUAAUGAUUUUAUUGUCUUAUUUAAUUUAUUUAAUUGUUUAUAUUCCUUCUUUGAGUAAAUGGACUGGUUGUAGAGCAGAGACUUGCCUUCAAUUUUUUGUUUAUCAACCAAGAAAUUUUCUUAUUUCGAAUACUUAUUUAUUUACAAUUAGUUGUACUUUAAUUGCUGUUAUAUUUAUUCAUCAUCAAAAUAUUAAAGUUGAAUUAAUUUCAACGACAACAAAAACAAUUUCUUUUAAAAAUUCAAAAAUAAAUCCUUCAACAAAUGAAAAUAUUUCAAAUAAAUGGAAUCAACUUACAAAUUCUUUAAAAAAUAAACAACAAAGUGCUCAUCGUUUACCUUUAGCUCCUUUAAUUUCUGGACUUUUUACUUUUACAAUUUUUCAUGCUCCAUAUGCUUUAUUUGCAAUAUAUUUAACACCAAUAUUUACUGAUUUAUGUUUUUAUUUAAUUAAUUAUCGACUUGUUCAACGUUAUUUAGGUAUAGUUAGGUGUUGUGUUUUGUUAAGAAUUUGUUUGGAUGCAAUUUUGGCUUUUGGAACUGAUAAAGAAUUAAGUAAAAUAAUUAAAAAUUUUGUUGGAAUUGUUAAAGAAGGAAAGGGAGAAGAGGAAGGAGGAUUUGAUAGUAGUAAUAGAAGUAGAAUAAAUACAAUUAAUAGUUUUGUGGCAAAUAUUAAUGAAAGAAAAAAUAUUAAAAAUAAAGAAGAAAAUAAAAAUAAAUUUUAA